AUGGAACCGUCCACUACCAACUGCCCCUGCUCGAUUAAUGGACUUCAAAUAAUUACGGAGCUCCGGACUGUCCAGCCCGUUGUUGAACUCGGCACGGUUCUCGAUAUCGUUCAAAGGGUAUAUAAACACGGCAAGGAUGUACUCCAAUGCCAAAACUGUCGAAAAAGCCCACACUCAUCAUAUGUGAUGAUACCAGCAUUGGCGGAGCAAUGUCUCUCCCUAUUUGAAGCCGUCUGUAUAGCAUAUAAUAUUACGAGGGGAAACAUGCUAUUUGAUCCAUCAGUGUUGGCGUUCGAGGAGCCAUUGCCGCAAUUUAUCUGUAUGAAGAGUAAGACAGUGUUGGGGCAGAUAGAGCUGGAUGAAAGGGAGUCGGUGAUGCUUGUAAGAACACUACUGGGGAGGAACUUAACGAAGAUUUUGGAGGUGUUGGAGACUCUGCAAAAGAUAUUCAGGUCGUUAGGGAAAGAGGCUAUUGAAGGGGGACGAUGUGCGGGCCCCGCAACGCUACGGGCGUGUGAGUCGUCGGUUGAAGCCACCAUGCGGAGGUUCGCAGUGUUCAUGAAGCAAGUUGAGGAUAACUCUGGUAGGUCGUUUAUACAUUCUGGGCUCGUGGUUGUGGCUAACACUGAAUCGUGUAGGGGCGUGAAGGACGACGAGGAGUGA